GCAAUUAUAUACGUUAUAUUGCACUGUGACAGAUUUCGCAAUUUAUUCUUACCUGAAAAAUGCUACGUUUGACAGUGAACAUUAUUAUUUCCUGUGGUCUUCUUAUUGGCAUAAGAGGGCAGAAAAUGUUGGGCGCAGGCAAGUGGACGGUGUUGAGCACGCAGCAGUGCGUGAAGGACGCAGAGAUGGCGUGGACCCUGCGCGUGCGCCGACACAAGAUCAAUCGCACGCACGACGCGUUUGACCUUGACGUCAACUUGGGGGACGACCUCGAUGACUCUUGUGCCAUACGUUUCGAUAUUUGCAUGAUGGUGGACGGAGGAUGUAAACCCUACAUGGUCAUGGCUGAUGAUUGCUUGCCCAAUUAUGUAAAAAGAUACGCAGAAGAAAAUGUCAAAAUGAUUCUCGCGAGCGCUGGUGUAGAUCCACCAGACUUUCCUGUUAAAAAAGGCUCGUUACAUUUAAAGGACUACGUCAUGAACAUGGAAGAAAUGGCAAAGGAUGGUGUGUACGGCACGUUUGAGGUAGAAGCUUUCAUAUUAAAGGACGCGCAAGAACUGGCCUGCAUAAAAGUCACCCUAAAAUACGAACCGGAAGACGACUAUGGGUCGAUGGGAGCUUAUGCAUAAAAUCUACCUUAUACCAUCUUCC